CAUUUUGCCCUCUCUGGACUGAUCAUUUACAAUAUACCGAAAAUAGACUAGUUGAGGCAGCUAGACGACUGAUCAUUUCAAAGUCUACACAGCUAACCUGCCCUACUGACCGCAGCGCGACCACCCAUCAACCCUUCUACGACCCUGUCCGUGGCCACCACCCUGUCGCCGGCUUCUCUCAUGGCCUACAGUUGGAGAUAGCUGUUGCGUGUGCAGAAGUACACUGGUGUCUUUCUCUGCACUUCUCUCUCUCCCGCUCGCUCUCGCUCUAAUUUGUUUUUUGGCGCAAAAAAAAAAAACUGACAGUCCAGCCUAGACCCAAAGGGGUUAAGGGUACUCGUAACGUACAACGUGGGCGAUAGCCUGAAGUGGCACACGCGGAUUCAUGACGCUCUUCCCUUUGGAAUUCCUCGCACUCAAAAAAUACUCCGGAGACAUGAAGAUCCGGCGGGUGCUUUUCCUUGUGGCGACACCUGGCAUGCAUCCUCUGGCCGCCACCGCCGCCACCGUUACCCCGAAUGCUAACACCAAGACUGCUAGCGGUGACCGGAAUAACGCUGGAGAGAAAACUGCACCUACCGCGGCAGGAGUCGGCGGUGCCUCCCGCGCGCAUCCCCACCUGGGCUCCUUGGCGAGUGAUCUCGACGCGUGUUCCACGGAGGCUAGCAGUUGCCUAGACGACCAAGUGUGCCUGGAGUGCAUGACGUCCUACGUGGACCACCCCCUGGAGUACCAAUCGUGCUUAGACAACUAUGUCACCGACUGGGCGUCUGCGACGGUGUGCGACGGAAGAGCAGAGCAGCCAUGCUGCGCCAACUUCGUUUCUGAGGGAAAUUGCCUCGAAAACGAACCCUUCAUAGAGUACUGGAAGUGCAACCUGGGCUUGUUCGACGGGUGCGUGGACUACGACAUGACCUGCCUUGGCACCGAGGGCAUGACCGAGGACCUGGGCCUCAACACCAGCACCGCCAGCACCGGCACCAGCGCUAGCAGUAGUACCAGCAUCGUGUCGGAUGCGGUGGUGGAGGAUGUUGCGACGGACGAAAGCGGGGCUGCCAGGAAAACCUUCGUCAUGGCCAACGUUGUCGUCGCGACGGCGUCUGCGCUGCUAGCAGGGAUUGCCGCAGUUGGCUCGUGGCUGGGUUAGGGAAACACACGCGAGAGCGGAUGGAUGCCGGAUAUUGCCCCCUCCAUGCGGAAGCCACGCCAGCGGCAAACGCGGCACCUAGGGGUCACACCCCGGCCGCCGCCCCUGCUGCCAAAUAUGUUCACCGUGUGUUGCUGUCGAGGCCAUGCCGAGUUGUGCUGUGCGUGAGGUUGUGUUGGCAGAUUUGAUCAUGGCAGCCGCGGGCAGCAACGACAACAUGGUGGGUGGUCGGUCAGCGUUCUGUCGAUGUUGCGUUUUCUCUUGUGGACGACGAAUUUACUCUUUUUGUGGCCACGUCCGUGUAUGGUGAUGCAUGCCUAUUGUUUUGGCGAUGUAUGGCAUUGAAACUCUAUGAUGUUUGGUCUGUGCUUUGGUUGCCAGUGUUGAGGCCUUUUACGAAGUUUUCAACGAGUACCAAGGUGAUUGGUUUUGCGAACCUCAGCGAAGUCUCCUGUCGGGAUUAGAUGUAUGUACGUGCAUUGGGUACUCUGCUACUUUUUCAAGCACUUUUUUGCAGCAUUCGUACAACUGUCCAUUGGUGUAUUUCCAUACCGUGUAUUCGUAUACUCAGCAUUGUUCGUAGCGCUGAAUGUACAUUCAUGUAUCCUCAUUAUAUUGAUUUAUUCCGUAGGCAACACUUGACUGUCUCUUUGCCUGGCUGUCCGAUAUCCUGUUCGGCUGUCUGUGUAUUUGUGAUGAUGUAUUUUCUGUCGCCGAUCAAUCGACUUGGUGGUGUCUUGUCUCAGUUUUUCUCUCGGUCUUGUGGGUGCCCGUUGGAAUCCAUAGAUCCCCCCACUGGUACAAGUGAGUUACGUCCGGACGGGUGGUGCGACCAACGCCGCCGCGGUGACGUAAAGGGUUUUCAUGUGGUAUCAACCUGCGAUCACAUGCCUUAAAUUGGGUAUUUUCUUCUGUUUGUUUUCUUUCCUGCAGCGUGCCCUACCAGUUGUCCGUUUCCUGACCACCGACGGCGUGCUUUUUUUCUUGCCCCGGUUCUUCUCCAAGUUUUGGAUGCAGCAACUUGUUUUCCAUUCCUGAGGGAUGAUUUUGUGGUUCGGGCCACCCCCCCUUGCUUGCGUCUUGUCCACGUCAUCGCGGGGGUAAAUAGACUUUCGGAUAGGUUUAGAUAGCUCGCUGCAGUAGUGAAGGAAAGUCGGUCUGUCUGUAUGUCCGCGUGUUGUGUGCUUCCAUCUGCGUCGUUUCUUUGUGGACACAACGGAUCAUGGACCAACCCCGGAUGCUUUCGAUCAUCGGGUGUUCUCCUGUAGACCUCUUGGGGUGCGAUCGGUUUGAGGAUAAAGAGAUUUCGGGCAUCACACUGCGAACAGGUAUCCCAUAUGUUGAAGUCGGGCUCAUAGAGGCGGUGGCGGGAACCGACGCGGAACAUCCAGGUCACAGCGGUGGCAACGGGGGGGGGAUGGCUG